AUGGUACAUUCACUUGGCUUGCCAUCACAGCUAUCGUCUGCUGAUGUGAAUGAGCCUUCACUUGUCGCUGUGGAAUGGAAACCCUAUGGUUUUGUGGCUUUCAUGACAGAGUUGCUCAUCAUGUUCCUUGGCUCUGUCUUUCUUGUGGCCCCUAGAGCAAUUGAGCACAAGCAUUAA